AUGAACGUUGAGCCAUUUCCCGCCCCCUCGUCGCCAGAAAGACUGACCGUGUCGCCAACGUCGUCGCAUACCGCCAAGGACCACCGUCGCAGACGCUCGUCGUCGCUGAUCUCGAAGGUGGAGCCAGAGACGUUCGAAACAAAACAGGACCAGGACAUUCAAUCCAACAUGAACGCCAACUGGGUUCAUUUCAAGGGCGCCUGGAUCAUCCACAUCGUGAUAAUAAUACUACUCAAGCUGUUUUACGACCUGAUUCCGAUGUUCAACAACGAGUGGAGCUGGACCCUAACAAACGUCACCUAUGUCAUAGGGUCGUAUAUCAUGUUCCACCAGAUCAAGGGAACGCCUUUUGACUUCAACAACGGAGCGUACGACAACCUUACCAUGUGGGAGCAGAUCGACAACGGCGACCAGUACACCCCGGUCAAGAAGUUCUUGAUGGGGGUUCCGAUCUUCCUGUUUCUCAUCUCCACGCACUACUCGUACUACGAUCUCAACCUGUUUGUUGUGAAUCUUGUUGCCUGUCUAUGCGUCGUGAUCCCAAAGCUUCCUUACAGCCACAGAGUGAGGGUCAACAUUCCCUACAUCACAGACCAAAAUUAA